UAUGGGUGGAGAAAAAUUGAAAUUAAUACCAAUUGCCUUAUCCAUUUUGGCUACGAAUGUUACGACUAUUGAACUUUUAGGAACACCCGCCGAAAUCUAUAGUUAUGGUACGCAAUUUUCAUUGCAAAUACUAGCAAUGAUCCUUGGUAAUACGUUGGCUUCAUUUAUUGUUGUUAGCGGAGUUGGAGUUUACGCAGCGUCAACAGCAUUGCACGGUGUGUCUGGUCUAUCAAAUUAUAUAACAAUACCAGUUUGUAUCGGAAUUGGAACCCUAUACACAACUAUCGGUGGAGUGAGAGCUGUAAUAUGGACAGAUGUUUUUCAAUCGGUUGUUAUUAUAUUGAGUUUACUAUACGUUUUAACUAAGGGAAUUAUCAAUGUUGGAGGAUUGAAAAAAAUAUGGACAAUUAACUCGGAAUACAAAAGAAUUGAAUUUUUCAAUAUAAGCUUUGAUCCUACUGAAAGAACAACUUUCUGGCUAAUAGUCUUUGUAAUGCCAAUCUUAUGGUUUUGUACGGGUGCGUUGCAGUUAAACAUUCAACGAUUUUCCAUGUUGAAAACGAUUAAAGAAGCUAGAAUGUCUCUUCUCAUUCCUAUUCCUUUUUAUGCAUUUAUUCACCUGGCAGCAAGUUUAUGCGGUUUUUGCGCUUUCGCCUAUUAUGCUUCGAGAGGUUGCGAUCCUUUAAAAUCUCAUCAGAUAUCGAAUCCAAAUCAAAUAUUACCAUUAUUUAUAAUGGAGAUAAUGAGCUCAUCAGGAAUACCUGGUCUCUUUAUAGCAUGUCUCUUCAGUGCAUCGUUAAGGUGUAGUGUUGGGUAUCUUAAUGUUAACGGUUUCAAUUAG